AUGUCGAAUCCCACCGCUAUUCUCCCUCCCCCACCGGACUUCGGCUCUAUUUCCCUCACUGGAAAGGCUGUGGAUUUUCAUCGCAGUCUCCUCGUUGGUAUCAGAGAGCCCCACUUGAUGCUCCCUAUUAUCGAUUAUAUCGAGGAGCAUCAGCUCUACGAUGAAGCCAGCAUCAAGGCACUUCGAAUCCAAGUCGUCCGAGCCACUCGUAUGGUCGACUUGCUGGGUGACCUCACGGGCGAAGACAUGUCGGAAGCCAGGGAUGCCUUGCAGAAGGAGUUGGUCGAUGCGGAACAGGCCGCUGACAGUGCUAUGAAGCUUAUCAAGGACCCCGAGCUCUGGGGGAAGAUACAGGCUAAUGCUGAAGGGUCUUCUUUCGGGGCCUUGGUGUUGGACUACGGCUUCCCUGACGACAUCCUCGAUAGAGUCUACCACCUAGGCCGACUGAACUAUCAGGCGGGUCGCUAUGAAGAUGCUUACUCAGCCCUACAGGUGUAUCGUACGUUGCUCACUUACCUAGGACCGAAGCAACAUCAUAAGUAUAUGCUGUCUUCUUUAUGGGGGUCUCUAGCAUGUGCUAUUCUCACUGGGCAGUUCGAUGCAAGUGUCGACCUCAUCGGUAAGCUAUUCGAGCUCUAUCAGUAUGAGUCUUCGGGCCCAUCAAGACCAGUCGGUGAAGGGGCUGGCAACUACGCAGAGUCGGUCGCUGUGCUGAUUCAUUGGAGUCUAUUCGCUUUGUUCCGCGCGCCAUCUCCUUCAUUGUGCCUCUCGCCCAAGUUGGUGAUGUUAUUGACCAGAGUGAAGGCGCUGCAGGCUAUCAUUUCGACGGGUAACUUCCAUCUGCUUCGUUACGUCGCCAUUGUAGCCCUGAUAUCACCUCAGCAACUUGCACAGUCGGGCGCGAGUAAACGCGAUACACCAGCGAGCACUCCAGUGUCACUUUUGGCACAGUACUUGGAGGGCCAGGAAGAAUGGUACUGUGAUUGCUUUACCAAGCUUAUGGUAGCAGUGUAUGUUAAGGCGGAUUUUGUGGCUGCUAAGGAGGCAGCUAGGGAGUGUCUCAAGACGGAAGACUACUUCACUAGCUCUAUCGAGAGAGAAAACCAGGUCGCUCUAGGCGUUGGGAGAAGCCUUGCUGGCGCUCUGAUGGUGGUGUAUAGGGUCAACGAUCUGGCCUCAUGUUUGACCAAGAUGAUAGGUAUCAGUCAAGACGUUGCUGAGAUCUCGGUCGAGACGGCUAGCCGGGGCCGACGCAGUGGACUCGCCUCGGGAGAAACUACCGAAACCGAGAGCUAAUUGCGAGGGAGUUCACUAGGGACUGUUUCUAU